AUGGAACUCUCCCUGACCUCAUCCCCUGUGCUCCAGUUCGUCGUGCUCCUUCCCCUGCUCCCUCUCCUCUGCUUACUCUACCUGCGCCGCCAGGACCCCAAGAAGCAGCCUCGCGCUCAUGGCCUCAAGGUCUACCCGCUCGUCGGUACCGUCCCGCACUUCGUCAAGAACCAGCGCCGCUUCCUCGACUGGUCCACCGACGUGCUCAAGCGCGACCCCUCGCACACCCUGUCGUUCAAGGCGCUCGGCCUCACCGGCGGCGCCAUCACGGCCAACCCGGCCAACGUCGAGCACAUCCUCAAGACCAACUUCGCCAACUACCCCAAGGGCGAGCUGACGGUGUCCAUGAUCGAGGACUUCCUCGGGCACGGCAUCUUCAACUCCGACGGGGAGCAGUGGCUGUGGCAGCGCAAGGCCGCCAGCUACGAGUUCAGCAAGCGCUCGCUCCGGAACUUCGUCGUCGACGCCGUCCGGUUCGAGGUCGUCGAGCGGCUGCUGCCGCUGCUCGACGGGGCGCGGCGCGACGGCCGGACGCUGGACGUGCAGGACGUGCUGGAGCGGUUCGCGCUCGACAACAUCUGCCGCGUGGCGUUCGGCGAGGACCCGGCGUGCCUCGCCGAGGAGGGCAUAGCGGCGCCGGAGAGCGCCGAGUUCAUGCGCGCCUUCAACGACGCGCAGAGCGCCACCAUGGCCCGGUUCAUGUCGCCGGUGAAGUCGCUGUGGCGCCUCAAGAAGUUUCUGAACAUGGAGCCCGAGCGGCGGAUGGGCGAGGCGGUCGGCACCGUCCACGGCUACGCCGAUAGGAUCAUCCGCGAGCGCCGGGCGAGGGGCGAGGCGGCUGGGCUAGCAGCGUGCCGCAGGGACAACGACUUCCUGUCGCGCUUUGCCGCGACCGGCGAGCACAGCGACGAGACCCUCCGGGACGUGGUCACCAACUUCCUCCUCGCCGGGCGCGACACGACGUCGUCGGCGCUCACGUGGUUCUUCUGGCUGGUCUCCACACGGCCUGACGUGGAAGAGAAGAUCGUGCGCGAGGUCCGCGCGGUGCGGCGCGCGUCCAGCAGGCAGGAAAAUGCGGCCGCGGCGGCGUUCAGCUUCGACGAGCUGCGGGACAUGCAGUACCUCCACGCGGCCAUCACCGAGUCCAUGCGGCUGUACCCGCCGGUGGCCAUGGACACGCACAGCUGCAAGGAGGACGACUUCCUGCCCGACGGCACGUUCGUCGGGAAAGGGUGGCUGACGACCUACUCCGCGUUCGCGAUGGGUCGGGUGGAGGACAUUUGGGGCGCGGACUGCGAGGAGUUCAGGCCGGAGCGGUGGAUCGGCGAGGACGGCGCGUUCCGUCCGGAGAGCCCGUUCAAGUAUCCGGUCUUUCACGCCGGGCCAAGGAUGUGCCUCGGCAAGGAGAUGGCGUACAUCCAGAUGAAAUCUAUCGUGGCGUGCGUGCUGGAGAGGUUCAGCUUCCAGUUUGUCGGCGGCGAGGAGCGGCCGGGGCUCGUGCUCUCGCUCACGCUGCGGAUGGAAGGCGGUUUGCCAAUGAAAGUGAUCACGAGGACGAACUCGGCUCUAGGCUAG